CCGAAUUCUCGCCAAAUAAUCAACAAGUUCGGUUCUCCAUGCCCACGCCUGUCGGGCCGUUUUUUGUUUAACUAGAGCCGGACAUUUGUAUCCUCAAGCUUCGCAGCCACUGACAGCCAAAAGCUUGUCCCGACCUGCGUCACCACUUCCCCCAAGCUGCAGGCUGGUGCGGGGCAUGGUUGACCAACGCGGGGUCAAGAGCGGGAACGAUUGACAGGAACCAACAUCAGCAUCGGAGGGACUGUCCUAGUAGUGCGGGAAUAUCUACUAUUAUUAUUGGAUUCUUGUCAGCUCGAUUAUUCUCGCCGAAUCCUGUGUAGAGACGGAGCCGUUAGCAGGAUUUGACGAACUCUUUUUCAUCCCAUGAUUCCUGUUUCAGCAAUGAUCAGAGAGCACUAGAGCAUCGUCACUCGGCCCUUUUGGGGUUCCUCAUCUUUCUCCCAGCUUUUGAACACACCAUACCUCAACAACUGGAGCUACUGGAGCUCGCCCAUGUCGUGUUACCUCACUUGAGAAGCAGGUAUCUGCGGGGUCCUGCCGUCAGAGGCGGGGAGCUCUGAAUAUUUAUUCAAGAUGGCGGACCUUUUCUAUCCUCGUGUUUCUCCUUUUGAUAUCUCCUUGUCCUUCUCAUACCUCCUACUUUGCAGCUCAUUUCUCGUUUUGUUGUACACUUGCCUGCAAAUAUUGUGGUAUCGUGAGAAGAUGGGUGGUCGACUUUUGUUCGCAGUGGGUGCUUUCUGCGCUUCACUUGCCUCUGUGUACGGCCAAAGUUCGACUUCGGCUGAUACGCCGAGUGCGACGACCAGUUUUCGCUCAAUCUUUACUGUUCCUGCAGAUUCUGAUGCCAGUGUUCCAUUAAUUCCAAACAUUUUUGACUCCGAAGCAGUCAACGCCCAAGAUGUUUGCCCUGGAUAUACAGCUUCGAACGUCAUCAGGACUCCUUAUGGCCUCACUGCACUUUUGAGCCUUGCGGGAGAUGCUUGUAAUGUCUACGGGACGGACGUCGAUUCUCUCAACCUCACAGUCGAGUAUCAAUCCGCAGAUCGCUUGCAUAUCGAGAUCACGCCCACAUAUGUCGACUCAUCAAACAGCUCCUGGUUUAUCCUCCCAGAGGCCCUUGUCGAAAAGCCUACCAUCGAUGCAGAUGCAAAUUCCACAAUUCCAGAAAAUGAUAUCAACUUCGUCUGGAGCAAUGACCCCACAUUUUCGUUCACUGUCAUCCGCCAAUCAACUGGAGAUGUGCUUUUCUCCACGACUGGCACAAAGUUGGUUUUGGAAAAUCAAUUCAUCGAGUUUGCUAGCUCCCUGCCAGAGAACUAUAACUUGUACGGGAUGGGGGAGGUGAUUCAUGGUCUUCGGAUGGGGAACAACUACACGCGAACUUUCUGGGCAGCUGAUGUCGGAGAUCCAAUCGAUUUCAACCUCUAUGGUGACCACUCAUUCUAUCUUGACACAAGAUACUACGAAGUCGAUGAGAAGACUGGCAAUCUAACGUAUACUGCAAAUGCAACUGAUGCGACUGCAGAUUAUGUCUCUUACUCUCACGGAGUGUACAUGAGAAACUCGCACGGUCAGGAAGUUCUCAUGAAACCUUCGAACAUCACUUGGAGGACGCUUGGUGGAAGCAUUGAUCUGUACUUCUAUGCUGGCCCUACGCAAGACAAGGUCACUAAAGCCUAUCAAGCAAGCGCGAUUGGACUUCCUGCGAUGCAGCAAUACUUUACGUUCGGAUAUCACCAGUGCAGAUGGGGCUAUGCAAAUUGGACCCAACUUCAAGAAGUUGUUGAUGCUUUCAAAGCAUUCAGUAUCCCGCUUGAGAAUAUUUGGACCGACAUCGAUUACAUGAACCAGUAUCGUGACUUUGACAAUGAUCAAGGAAGGUUCUCUUACUCCGAAGGUGCAAAGUUCCUGUCCCAGCUCCACGAAAACGGUCAGCACUACAUUCCCAUCGUUGAUUCUGCCAUCUACGUCCCCAACCCGGAGAAUGCGAGUGAUGCGUAUGCUACCUUUGAUCGAGGCAACGCAACGAACUCCUUCAUGUUGAAUCCAGAUGGGAGUUUGUAUAUCGGAUCCGUCUGGCCUGGGUACACUGUCUUUCCUGACUGGAUUGGAGCUGUUCUCAACUGCACUGGAGCUUCUGAUUGGUGGACUGAAGAGAUGACUUUGUGGCAUCAAAACAUCUCAUUUGAUGGUAUUUGGAUCGACAUGAGUGAAGUUUCGUCCUUCUGCGUCGGCUCGUGUGGAAGUAAAAACCUCACUCUGAAUCCCGUCCACCCUCCAUUCGGCCUUCCUGGUGAGCCUGGUAACAUCAUCUAUGGCUACCCAGAAGGAUUCAACGUCACGAAUGCUACGGAAUUCGCAUCGGCAUCUGCAGCAUCAGCCAGCCAAGCUUCAGCUGCAUCUGCAACUGCUGUCCCUGCUCCAUCAACAUCGACCACUUACCUUCGAACCACUCCAACUCCUGUAGUCCGGUCUAUUGAGUACCCCCCAUAUGUCAUCAAUAACGUCCAAGGCGCGCUCGACGUCCAUGCAGUCAGUCCAAACGCAACCCAUCAUGGCGGAACCCAAGAAUACGACUACCACAAUCUCUUCGGGACUCAAAUCCUGAACGCAACCUACCACGCACUCCUCAAUGUCUUCCCCACCAAACGCCCUUUCAUCAUCGGUCGCUCCACAUUCGCCGGCUCCGGAAAAUGGGCUGGCCAUUGGGGAGGUGAUAACGCCUCGCUCUGGGCCUACAUGUACUUCAGCAUCUCUCAAGCCCUCUCCUUCUCCCUCUUUGGCAUCCCCAUGUUCGGCGUCGACACCUGCGGCUUCAACGGCAACUCGGACGAGGAACUCUGCAAUCGGUGGAUGCAGCUCAGCGCCUUCUUCCCCUUCUACCGGAACCAUAACACUCUGUCCGCGAAUUCGCAGGAGCCAUAUGUUUGGGCAUCUGUAGCCGAGGCGAGUCGAGUGGCGAUGAAGAUCCGAUAUACGCUGUUACCAUAUAUAUACACGACGUUCUACCUGUCCCACACAACAGGUUCAACAGUCAUGCGCGCUCUCGCCUGGGAAUUCCCCAACGACCCCUCCCUCGCAGCAGCAGAUCAACAAUUCCUCCUCGGCGGAAGUCUAAUGAUCACACCCGUUCUCGCGCAAGGCGCCACAUCCGUUAAUGGUGUAUUCCCUGGCGCUGGGAAGGGAGAGGUUUGGUACGACUGGUACAACCAAUCUGCGAUUACCGCCCCGCCAGGACAGAAUGUAACGAUCGAUGCGCCGCUCGGUCAUAUCCCCGUGUAUGUGCGCGGUGGGAGCGUGCUGCCUAUUCAGGAGGCGGGGAUGACUACUAGGGAGUGUAGGGCUAAUCCGUGGGGGGUGAUUGCUGCGACGAGUUUGGAGGGGACGGCGAGUGGGGUGUUGUAUGUGGAUGAUGGGGAGAGUUUGGUGCAGAACAGUACGCUUUGGGUUGAGUUCUCACUAACCCACUCCUCACUCUACGCCUCCGCGCGCGGAACAUACAAAGACACCAACCCCCUGGCCAACAUCACGAUCCUCGGUGUCCCAUCUUCAGUAAGCAACGUCACCUUGAACGGCGCUGCUCUAUCUAGUGGAUGGACGUACAAUGAGACGAGUAAGGUGUUGGAUAUCACGGGAUUGAAGAACUCGACUUCUUGUGGGGCGUGGGCUAGUGAUUGGGUGUUGAGGUGGAGUUGAGAAGAGAUAAUUCUGAUGUGUUGACGAAUAAUGAGUGAAUAGAAGUCUUUGUUAUUUUUGAAUGAUGAAUGUAUGGAAAUGAAUCUUUGUGAAUCUUUGUCCCAAAGAUUCAUGACAUGGUCAAGGAGAGAGACGAUACUUGAUACGGGCUGGCUUCGGCCUAGCCAUCGAGGCGGUGGACAAAAGCAGGACGAGGUAUUGCGAUUCAGAAAUCGACAGAUGAAGAGUACUAUACGAAAGCGCCGUACAAAAUCAAGGGUCUCGCCCCGGCCUGUCUCACUCUACAUGUGCUUGGUUCAUAACUUACGUACUUACACUCGGAUGAAUAGGCUGCGCCGCUCGCUUCGUCCCC